CCGUGUGACGUCAGCGGGAGUGAGCGCGCUCACGUCGCUUAUCAACAGCGAGUAUUGUGACGCAGCGCUCGCACACUGCGGACUUUUGCCCUCUCAUUGACCGGUGAAGACGCGGUACACUCGCGCCGGACAACUCGGUCAUGUUCUCAAAGUCGCCUAAAAGUCAGGCCAGGUAUGGGUCCAAAUCACCGCGUGUGUCCGCGGAGCACAUUUGCAUGGUCGAGUGCGGAUGCGAGGAGCGGAACACCUGUAGCGUGCACAGGUCGGUGUCCGCGCCCGCCCAACAGCUCCAGUUGAUUGGCGUUGAAAGUGAGAAGACAGGCCUCGACAACUUGGCCUAUGAGUAUGGCAGCCAAAGCGACCUUUGCGCUCCCAUCAAAACCUCCACGGAGACCUUCAAACUCCUGGGCCUGGACCUGGAGCACCCGAUCCACGCCGUCGUUGAGAGCCGGAUAUCCAGGCUGAGCGGCGUGCUGGCUGUCCGCUCGGCUUCCCCGAGCUGGCAGACCGAGGUGGACUACGUGAGCUCGCUGAUCACAGCCGCAGAGAUCGCCCUGGAGCUGCGCAGGAUGGGCUUCGACGUGGAGUCAACAGCGCGGAUCGCCGUGGACGGCAUGCACUGCCAGUCCUGCGUGCAGUCCAUCCAGCAGCACGUCGGCACUUUGCGGGGGGUUACACACGUUCAGGUGUCGCUCAAAGAAGGCGCAGCGCUGGUUGUGUUUCAACCGCUUCUUGUUACGCGACAGGAACUGAGGGCCAAGAUCGAGGACAUGGGAUUCGGAGCGACUUUGCUGGCUGAUGAUGCAUCUUCAGCUACCAGCUGGCAGGCGGACUUGAGGCAUACUGUGAGCGUUUGGAUUGCGGGGAUGACCUGCAACUCAUGUGUGCAGUCCAUAGAGGGAAGGAUCUCGCAGAUGACGGGGGUCCACUCCGUAGUUGUGUCACUAAAGGAUGAAAAGGGAACAAUAACUUUUGACCCUGCUCUCACAGGGCCGGAGCAUCUCAGGCUAGCUAUUGAAGACAUGGGCUUUGGCGCAUCACUUCAAGAACCUGCUGGCUCCGCAGCCCGAAUUCAGGACGAGCCCCUGAGCUGCGAACUGGCUGACCCGUCAGACCGUAAAACGGAACUCAACAACGGCACCGGAUUUGUUUCCUCCCGUGCAAGCCAGCGAGCGAGCGGUAAAGUGCAAAAGUGCUUUGUCAGCGUGACGGGGAUGACCUGCGCCUCAUGUGUGGCCAACAUUGAGAGGAGCCUGUUGAAACAUGAAGGGGUCGUCUCGGUUUUGGUGUCGCUGAUGGCCGGAAAAGCCGAGGUAAAAUAUGACUCGGACGUUACCGAUGCUGCUGCUGUCACUCAGCUCAUAGAGGACUUGGGUUUUGGCGCCAAUCUCACUGAGGACAACGCAAUCACACACGGGAAACUGGAUCUCACUAUAAGCGGGAUGACGUGCGCAUCAUGCACCCACAACAUUGAGUCAAAGCUGGCAGCCACUAAAGGGAUCAUUGGCGCCUCGGUGGCCUUGACAACCAAGACAGCUCACAUCCAGUUUGAUCCAGACGUGCUCGGAGCUCGAGAUAUAAUCAAGAUCAUUCAGAGCCUUGGCUUUGAGGCGGGUCUGAGGAAGGUGGGCUUCAAAAGCAAUCUCGACCACGCAGAAGAGAUUCAACAAUGGAAAAACUCCUUUCUGCUCAGCCUGGUUUUCGGCCUGCCUGUCAUGGGCCUGAUGAUCUACAUGAUGGUGAUGGACAGUCAGCACCAGCAACAUGGAGGCUCCAUGCCAGAGGAGCAAAACCUGCUGCCUGGCCUCUCCAUCCUAAAUCUGGCUUUUUUCCUUCUCUGUACACCCGUGCAGGUUUUUGGAGGCAGGUACUUCUACGUGCAAGCGUUUCGCUCGCUGAAGCACGGCAUCGCCAACAUGGAUGUGCUCAUCGUGCUCGCCACCUCCAUCGCUUAUGUCUACUCCUGUGUGGUGCUGAUCGUGGCCAUGGCAGAACAAGCCAGGCUGAGCCCCGUCACCUUCUUCGACACGCCGCCGAUGCUUUUUGUGUUCAUUGCACUGGGACGAUGGCUGGAACAUGUGGCCAAGAGUAAAACCUCUGCAGCGUUGGCCAAGUUAAUGUCCCUGCAAGCCACGGAUGCGACCGUGGUGACCUUGGGACCCGACCACUCCAUCAUCAGCGAGGAGCAAGUGGUGGUGGAGCUGGUGCAGCGGGGCGACGUUGUGAAGGUGCCCCCGGGGGGGAAGUUCCCUGUCGACGGUAAAGUGAUUGAGGGAAGCUCCAUGGCGGAUGAGUCUUUAAUCACAGGUGAGCCAAUGCCGGUCAGUAAGAAGGUGGGCAGUCUGGUGAUUGCUGGCUCCAUCAACGCUCAUGGCGCUCUUCUCGUGGAGGCCACCCAUGUCGGUGCUGACACGACGCUGUCACAAAUAGUCAGACUGGUGGAAGAAGCACAAACAUCCAAGGCUCCCAUCCAGCAAUUUGCCGACCGACUCAGCGGAUACUUUGUGCCCUUCAUCGUCUUCGUCUCGCUGCUAACUCUGGUGGCGUGGCUGGCUGUUGGCUUUGUCAACUUUGACAUCGUGAGGGAGAACUUCUCGGGUUACAACGCCAACAUUUCCAAGGCAGAAGUCAUCGUCCGCUUUGCCUUCCAGGCGUCAAUCACUGUCCUUUCCAUCGCAUGCCCCUGUUCACUGGGACUGGCUACCCCGACUGCAGUCAUGGUGGGCACCGGGGUCGGCGCUCAGAGCGGGAUACUCAUCAAAGGAGGCGAGCCACUGGAGAUGGCCCAUAAGAUCAACGUGGUGAUGUUUGAUAAGACCGGUACUAUCACCAAUGGCGUACCCCGGGUCACGCGUGUGUUGGUGCUGUGGGAGAUGGCCCGCAUGCCUCUUAGAAAGAUCCUGGCGGUGGUGGGCACAGCAGAGGCCAGCAGUGAGCACCCACUCGGCAUCGCAGUUACCAAACACUGCAAAGAGGAGCUGAGCACGGAUGUGCUGGGUUUCUGCCAGGACUUCCAAGCGGUCCCCGGCUGCGGGAUCAGCUGCCGGGUUUCUAAUGUGGAGCAUCUGCUGCCACAACAGAGUGAAGAGCGUUUCUUGUUGCCUGGGGCAACCAUUGAUGAGAGUAGUCUGGGUGAUGCUGCAGCGAUCCCGGAUGCAGGUGAGGUUUUAUGUUACUCUGUACUGAUUGGGAACAGAGAGUGGAUGAGAAGGAAUGGCCACCACGUCGGAGCAGACGUGGAUGCUGCCAUGUCGAGCCAUGAGGCGAAGGGGCAGACAUCGAUUUUGGUGGCCAUAAAUGGCGUACUGUGCGCCAUGAUCGCCAUUGCAGACACGGUCAAGGCGGAGUCGGCCUUGGCAGUGCACACGCUCAGCAGCAUGGGCAUUGAGGUGGUCAUGAUAACAGGAGACAACAAACGUACAGCUAAAGCCAUUGCUGCACAGGUGGGGAUCAGGAAGGUCUUUGCAGAGGUACUGCCCUCCCACAAGGUGGCCAAGGUGCAGGAGCUCCAGGAACGAGGCCUGCGUGUUGCCAUGGUGGGGGACGGCGUCAACGACUCACCUGCUCUCGCCCGUGCCGACGUCGGCAUCGCCAUCGGCACAGGCACCGAUGUAGCGAUCGAAGCGGCGGAUAUCGUUCUCAUCAGAGUGGGUGACGUCUCAUGUGACGAUUGCCGUUACCCGCAUGACCCCACUGUGUUUGUGCUGCAGAAUGACCUCCUGGACGUCGUGGCCAGCGUCGAGCUGUCCAAGAGGACCGUGCAGAGGAUACGCAUCAACUUUGUCUUCGCGCUCAUCUACAACCUUGUCGGAAUACCAAUUGCUGCAGGCGUGUUCAUGCCUGCUGGCCUGGUGCUGCAACCCUGGAUGGGCUCUGCAGCAAUGGCCGCCUCGUCCGUUUCUGUGGUUCUGUCGUCUUUGCUGCUCAGAUUGUACAAGAAAACGCCAGCGGAGUUGUACGAGGUAAGAGCGAGAGGCAUGAUGCGGAGCCUCGAGUCCUCACAGAUCAGCUCUUACCCAAGGCUGGAAGGUCAGCAGUGCAGUCCAGCUCCUUUGACGGGACCAUGGGAACAGCACGACAUCAACUGCAUAUCCAGUCAGGCGCCAAAGCCAAUGAACUCUAUUCACGAACAGGACCGGCGCUCCCUGCUGGAUCUUUAGACAAUGGAGAACCUCAGCGUGUUGGAAGUAUGUGAUAUAGCUUUGUAUGUUCAUGUAAAUAAACACUUUU